AUGCAUCGAUUUCGCAAAAGGUCGGACUCGAAACCCAACCAAGCACCUCCUUCUCCAGAAAGCUUGGAGGAUUCUUUGCCAAAACUACCCGUUGGCGACUUUCGCACGUCCCUCAUUUUGCCAGACCUUUCGCGUCGCUUCUCUGUGUUACGAUCACCCUCAGGGGAUCCAGUUUCUCUCGACGAUCUCAGGAGCAGGUUUGCAGAACAACGUGCGCGUGGGGUUGACCAUCAAAUUUCGGAAGCGGAGGAGGACAUGCUGUUGGAUACAUUGGGGCGCAUUCGGUCGCGGACGUCAGUUACUCCAGAGAGGUCGCAGGAAAGUAUCGUUGACGGGGAAGAAAUCUCAAAUGGAAGACAGUCUAUCAGGUCAACUGCACCUUCAUCGUCGUCUCUUACAUCGUCUCCAAGCGGUCGCUCUGCCAAACGAUACAGUAAUAAUCUUUUCGGUUCUGGGCGCUUGCGAGACUACUCGUAUCUGAGGAGCACGACGUCGACAAAGAGUUCUGCGGGGAGCACUCGAACCGUCUCUCUGACACCCACCGAGUCGUCCACCAUAACCAGGGGAAACGUUUCGUCUCUGACAGAAAGUUUGCGACCUCUCACACCUGAAGGAAGCACCAAUUCACAAUCUGGCCAUUCAAGUCCUAACGAGAGAGGUUCCGUACGGUCGGCGCCCUCAAUCCCACCUGCCCCUUACGGUGAGCAAAUGCAGGUUCUAUCUGCGGCAGAAUAUCGGCUGCAAAAGACGCUCGGCCCAUCUGCGCUCAAGCGUGCUUCCCUGGCACUGGAAGAGGCCAUCAAGGAGAUUGAGGAUGAGGUCGAGGAUGAGAUCGUGAUGCCGCGGACGGCACCUAUUGCCCGAACCAGUCUUGAACAGCCUUCCCAUCCUGCUGCUGUGAGGGAUAGCAAUACUUCAACUUCUUCUGUUAUGGAGGCUGGCAUGGCCAUAUCCUCGGACAAGCAAGUCCAAGACGACUUGAAUGAACGAAGAGCCGAACCCGUACCUCUUCGCAUUCUUCCAGGCUAUAUCCCCGGCAUGCCACGGCCAAUGACUCCUCGCGAUAUUGACGUUGACGAACAAAGAUCGCAUUCCACUACGCCUCGUGCUACGUCUCCCAUGCAUUCAGGCUUUACCGAAUCAUCCCCUUCUACAAAUAUACUGAAACGCGACUCGGUCUCGUCCACGGGUGGACAAUCCCCGCGUCCAACGACUCCUCUGGCAACGACUCCUCUAUUUUUACAGCGAAGUACCAACGGACGUCAUACACCUGAUGCCAGCGAGAGUCAGAAAUUGGGAAACUUUUUUGAGUUGGAGAGUCCAAUGGCUUCUUCAGUCCUUAGCAGACGAAGACCGGCAUCUCCGCUCUCCGGCCCUCCUUUCCAGCCAAUGUCAGUUUCAUCUCGACCAAGCACUCCUUCGAACAUAAUUUGGGCAGUUAAUUCUGAAGGCGGCAAUGUCUCUUCUCCAGGUCCAGCUUCCCAUACGAGAGAUAACAGCUGGGCUAGCGACGGGGGAAUCAGUAGCUCUGAUAUACAUGGUUCUAUUGACCGCCACAAGCUCGGCCCUCGGCCACUUCGAUCACCUCCUCUUGCCGAUUCUUCUUUGAUCGAACGUUCCCAGGUCAGCAUUCUGUCCAGUAAUCAAACUAAUUGGAAGGCAGCAGGAGAGACGCCCAAUACAGAGUCUGAUACGCUAAUCUCUCGUGGACACCGAUCUCCAACACCAACGCAAAACGCACCACGGUCAACAACCUCCCCCGCAUUUUCGAACUACGACACACCUCCUAGGAAUGGCAGUAGACGAUCCUCUAAACAAAACACACCAUCUUCUCCAUAUAACAUAGCAUAUCCUGCUCUUUCGUUUUCUCCUCGGCCUAAUUCGUCUCGUUCUUCCCUUGAGUCUGCGGGAUCAAGUUUCCACUCUUGGGACGGUGAAAAGGAUCGGGCUAUAAAUAUAUUCAGUGAUAUCGGACAACAUCCUGCCUGGCACGAUAUCACAUUCUCUGAUAAAUCAAGCACUCCCGGUGGCUCUGGUAGUUCUCCUGAGGAUGAAUGGGAUGCUGAAGACGUCAUCAAGCGCUACGCUGGGCUCAAAAAGGCUGAUUUUCAUGCUGUCCAAGAAAAACUCUUUGGGGUUGCAGUAGCGAAGGCUGCGAAUCCUGACCCCCGUGAUCGUGCUCCGUCAGCGUUGAGGCGCCGAAGGCCAUCCACUUCGCAAUCUAAUUACUCCAUCAAUAAUGGACGCGACAAUCGAAUUGCGAGCCCCCCGCCACCAGCGUCGCCAACCAGUGCUACGACCCCCACAGCGGAGCAAUAUUCUAAAGCGAAUGCUUUGUUAAAUUCCUUAGCAGAUAGUCUACAAGGUCAACCCAUUCUCAUCAAUCCGGCCCCUACAAUUACUCUUUCUACUUCGGAUAAAGAACUCUCGCCUACGAGUCGCCGAAAUCGCGAUCUUGCCACCGUGCUAUUUGGAGAAGAGGUAGAAGUUAAGGAAUCCCCAGUCAAGACCGAACAAGAAUCUGUCAUUGAAACUCUCUCUUCUGCGCCUCCUCCUGUUGUGGUUGAUGCUCGGACGCAAACCCCCCAAGGUACUGGGCCAUCUUCACCUUAUCUUAUGCGAAACCCUUCUACUGCUAGAAUACCCCCUUCUGCUCAGGAGGAGGCCGAUCUCACACGUGAGGUCCAGCAAAAGACCGCGGCUGCGAUGCUGGCACUGAAGAAGCGACCCUCCAACUCUAACCUGGGGGAUGGAACGGUGUCGCGUCGGAGAAUUGAUACCAGCCAAAUAUCAACGCCGCAGCUGGUCUCAGCAACCAUUAGUGUUGACACAAUACCGCUUCGUACACCAUCUCUCUCUGCGAGCAACAACAGUGGAACCUCGAAAAUUGGUUCCCGCUUCAAAAAAUUGAGAGGCAGCUUGCGUGCGAAGAAUGUUGCACCUUCAACAGAAGAUCAGCCACAGGAUGCCAGGACGCCACCGGCCUCGCAAACCGUGUAUUAUGAUCCUGACCGCCUUCAAGAUUCCGGGAGCGCGGGCAUGUCAAGCGCCACAGAAAAUGGUAGGUUAAAGGGGUCUGUGACAAGCCCAUCUGCUUCUGCAAGCCCUGGCUUGAAGGGUUUUAUGGCUAGGCUCCGCGGCAAACGGAUAACCGAAGUGCCUUCUGGUACUGAACAUCGGGCUUCGCCCCAUCGCCUAUCUCCAUCCCCCUUCUCCCCCUUCUCGCAACGUCAACAUGAGUCACCACCUGCAUGGGCGUCGCCGCCAGCUAAUGUAGAUGCAGAUUUUAAUUCGCCAACACCACGCCCUGAUCAUAGUCGACAACUAUCCUCAAGGACUCCUGCGAAUGUUUCCGUCGCGACAGAGGGAACGAAUGCCAAUGAAUCUGCGCUGGAACAAUUAUUCACCGCCGCGAAUAAUCUUGGUCUCGACCACAACGCGCUGAAUGAUCUCCUUGCUCGUUCUGGCUCCAUAUCAUCUAAGACGCUUUUGGGCAGGAAUAACUCAGUCGUGAAUACAAGCAAGCGAGCGAUCCCUAACGAGUCGCUUGGUGAGUCGCGGCUGGAUGUAUCCUCUAUCCAGCAGUUGUCCUUCACAGACAGCGGUGGUACUUUCAACGGAAGCAGUGGCUCAGAUCACACUGCAACCCCGGGGAUUUUCAGCACAUUACCGCCUGACAACCAAAACGGACAACCAGUCGUCGAGGGUUCCAAAGCACCUGAAGAAACAAUCUCUAGAAAACCUUCUAUUCGCAAGCCUGACCAUCUCCGUCGACCAAGAGAAGGUCAGACUGAAAUUAACCCGGUUGUUCGUAGGACCAUCAUCUAUCCUUCUGAUUCACGAAUUUCGACUGUGGAUGCUGCCCUCACGCGGAAGGCUUCAUCACGCCGUCGUCGGGCCAGCGCCACAUCAGUGUCGACUCGAUCCGUCCAAGACCGCGCACCCACACCUCCACCUCCUAAAUCCCCGACCGCGAAACGCUUCUCACAAGAUGGAUCUCCUCCUGUCCCGCAUCUCCCACAUUCUCUUGGCCAGGCAGAGAGCCUACUUCAGGUGCCUUCCGUGUCAGCUAGUGGUUCCAUCGAGAAGUCUAACUCGACGUAUGAUUCAUUAUAUGAGAUGUACGCUGAAGAAAGUAGGGCAGCAAGUUCGGCGACGAAUGAUCCCAACUUUUCCGAGAACCUACAGUCCGGCGUCACAGCAGAGUCUCGGCCCGCAUUGGAGGUCGUUGAGCUGGCAAACGGUGAGACAAUAUGGAAAAUCGUGAAUGGUUUGCGGGACGACGAUGAUGAAUCCAAUUACACCGGCCGUUAUAGCUUUGCGUCAGAAUAUUCAACUCGAGAAAAUGGGGGUGAAGCCGUGCAAGUGUUUGUCAAGGACCAUGGACGGUCAGCUUCUAAGGGCAGCAACUCGUCGUUUGUAUCGCGGAAGAAAACUGGACAAGGGAAGAGCCGUCCAGAGACCAAGGUCUUCUACAGCUCGUCGGCCCAGAUUGGUCGUCUCAUUGAAAGCCUGUCGCAGGGAAUGGACGCAGGAUCUUUCAACUUUCGCCCAAAUCGCAGUAUUGGACACUCUGCCUCAUCGUCGGUAUCCACAAACGAUAUCAACUGGACCGUUGAGGAGAGAUUAGAGCACAUGCUUGGUGCCAUUGGUGGUUCUUAA